CCCUUUCCCUUCUCUUUCCCCGUCUGCUGGGUUCCUUCGAACCCACCCAGGCAUUGGGUUCGCAAGGAACCGAACCCAACAUGCUUGCCUAGGUUGGGUUCCUUGGAAUCCAGUGCUUGGGUUCCAUGGAACCCAACCCCGGGUUUGACGGGACCCAGGCGUUGGGUUCCAAGGAACCCAGGCGCUGGGUUCCCUUGAACCCAUGCCUGGGUUCUUCGAACCAACUCGGUUCCAUGGAACCCAAGCGCUGGGUUCCCUUGAACCUAUGCCUGGGUUCUUCGAACCAGCUAGGUUCCAUGGAACCCAACCUUGGGUUCUGUUGAACCCAGGUGUGGGUUCAAUGGAACCCAGGCGUGGGUUCGAAAAACCCAGCAAGCCUAGGUUCCUAGAACACGGGAAAGCAAGGUUUGGAACCCAACGGCGAACCAGCUGGGUUCCAUGGAACCCAACCCUAGGUUCCGUCGAACCCAGGCGUGGGUUCAACGGAACCCAGGGGUUUACCCUUUCUCCCUCCCUCUUCAGAGUUGGUUCAGAGGAAGUCAUGGGGAGCAUCGAUCAUUUCAGCCAUCCACAUCCUUUGGUGCUUGUGGAUCAAGAGCCGGGUGAUCAUGGAAGUCGAAAAGGUUUUUGUUCUGGAUGCAACGAAGCAGUAGAGGGUUAUUGUUAUGAGUGCGGGAAAGCAGCAGAGGGUUACUGUUCUGGAUGCGACGAAGAAUUAGAGCGUUCCAGCUACGGUUGUGGUGAGUGUGGGUUUUUCCUUCAUAAGAAAUGUGCUGAGCUACAAACGCUUUGUGAUUUUGACCUUGACCUUAGAUGUGCCAUGCAUCCUCAAUUUGUUGCUCAAGAGUUUCAAAAGCUUCAACAUUUUAGCCACGAUCAUCCUUUGAUACUUGUUGAAGAUAUUGAAAUUCAAACCACAAGAGAGGUCUGCUCAGGAUGUAGGGAACCCAUGUCCAAGUCAAGUCCAUUCUACUGUUGUCCAAAUUGCAUAUUUCACCUUCACAAGAAAUGUGCAGAGUUGCCUCUUAAGGUCAGUCACCCUGCCCACCGGAAACACCCUCUAAUGCUUUUGGCCAAACCCCCACCUCAUCAAGAGAAAUGUUCUUGCAAUUUGUGCGAUUGCAACUAUUUUGCUCAUGUAAAUUGUGCAAUAGAUAAACGUCUUUUGGAAGAUGAAAAGUCCGAACCAUCAGAUGACUGGACUGCUAUCUUUCCUGCUUUUCAGGAAAUCAAACCUGGAGAGAUAAAGCAUUUCAGCCAUAAACACAACUUAAUAUUGAGUGAUGAUGGGGUUGAGGAUGGCCAAAGUUGUGAAGGUUGCAUGCGUUCCAUCUCUACUUCAUUUUACUAUUGUGCACAAUGUAAUUUCUUUCUCUGCAACUGCUGUGUUCAUAAGUUACCCAAGGAGGUGCGUCACUGGACUUGCAAGCAUUUAAGAGAACUCUAUUUCUAUUCCAUUUUUUGUUGUGACUAUUGCUGGUUUUGGAGUAGUGGGUUUGGCUACAAUUGUAAUGCAUGCAGAAAGAUUAUGUGCAUCCAGUGUCAUGAAAUUCUCGACACUCGUAUUGUAAAUAUAGAAGGACAGGAGCACUUCCUUUUCUUUGACCACAAAUACAAAGGGAAAUGUAAUGGUUGUGAUGAUUAUUGUUAUCGAUGCAGUUUUAGAUGCAAGGACAAGAAAUGCAAUUUUACGUUGGAUUAUAGAUGCCUUGUGCUGCCAGAAACAGCUCGGUAUAAAUAUGACUAUCAUGCUCUCAGUCUUACUUAUCGUGAUGAUCAUGAUCUAAGUCAAUGUUAUUGUGACAUAUGUGAAGAAACCAGAGAUCCGAAGCAGUGGUUUUAUCAUUGUGCUGAUUGUGAUGUUUCUGCUCAUCCUAAUUGUGUGCUUUGGAAAUCCCCAUUUGUCAAGCUCGGGAAACCAUUCCGGAUUGAUGAUCACGAACACCCUGUCACUUUGGUGAAGAUAGAUUUUUACCCUCCUAAAUGCAACUACUGUGGUAAGCCUUGUAGAGAUGAUCUAUCCAUUCAAUGCACAGAGCCAGAUUGCACCUACAUAUUCCAUUGGCGCUGCUACCGGGAGCGUAAAGGAUCUUGGGUUUGGCCUCUUCGACAUAGAGACUAAAGAGCUAACAUUGGUAUUCUUCUUAUGAUAUUAAUUAUGUCUCUUAUGAAGGUAGACGAAAAUGAGAUAUAUCUCAUUUGCACUUUAUUUUGUUUUCGACUGAUUUUUUAAGUUUAGUUUGAUCUUCUAGCUGUUUGUUGAUGUGGUCGGACUGUAACUUUGUUUCUACCAAAUAUGUGAUAUGACUAUUGUUUGAAUUUUGAAUGUAUUGCUUUAAAUAGUUGUUUUUUUUUAUCAAUAAUUCGGUUGUCUCUGUACUUCAAAUACAGAAAAAUAUUUCUUUCUUCUUUUCUUUAUAGAUUUUGAUGUUUAUUUGUUUCUACGUUUCCUAUUUAUGCUUUCUUUCAUGGUUCAUAUAUUCUCUACUUAUACUUUUACACAGAGAGGAUAUAUUUUAAUAACGUGAUAUUUUAUCU